UCGGUCGUUCGGGCCUGGUCGGGCGGCCGAGUUUGAAACCGACGGUUGAAGGCGGAGGUCACGUUGUUCCGCGGCUUCGCAGAGACAGACAGCGGAUCUUUUUUUUUUCUCCUCCUCAAACCCAGAAUCCAUUCAGAGCGGUCGCACGCACGCACGCCGUCGUGCCCAGAGCCAGUCAGAGAGAGUGCGUUGGUCGGUGGAGGUUCUUCGAGCGGUCAUUUCGCUCCCAUCAGUCAAUCGUAGAAGGCGCACUUUUUCGUAGCAGCCGGGCUUGAUCGCGUCUUUUCGUGUUUAUUAAAAAACGUAUUUUCUACGUAAAACCACCCGCUCCGUUUGCCGUCGCUAGAAAGAAUUAAGUGGUUUGUUGUGUUGCCGUGAGCCGUGCUUUUCGCCAUCAUUAUCAUUUCCGGUGCGUGUGUUCUAUCCGGUCUGUUCCACGAAGUGCAAAAAACAGUCUCUGCGCGCAGUGUCUUCGGGCUUCGAGAGCUCUCUAGUGUGCCAGGCGUCUCCAUGCAACAGAAACGUUAAGAAGCACGUCGCCUGUCGUGCUGCUGGCCGUCGGUAAAACGGAGAUUGCAUGCCGGCGGAGAUGUUGUUGUCGCCGUUCGAUGAUGUGCCAGAAUUUGGAACCAAUUCACAACAAUAGCAGAAGUGAAACGAUUGUGCCUUGAGAGCUGUUUGUUCGGAGGGAGAGAACGAAAAGUGCGUGUCCACGGUGUACUGUGCAAAACUAGCCGCCAACAAUAACAACCGGGAGUAGUAGUCACAGAGAGAAACAAGUGCCUUCUUGGAUUAUACUGCUUUCCUGUCUGUUUGUUCUGUGCGUUUAUAACCUCCCGUUCGGUGUGAUCGUGAAAUUUACGCCAAGAAGAUCAAGAAAAGUGUUAGUGUAUCGCUAACUCAUACUAUUUAGUGCGUGUUGUGUCUUGCUUGAAUGUGCAAGAGUCACGAACUGGUGUCAGCAGUAGCAUCCCAGUGCAGCAGCAACAUUAGCAAAGUCAUGGCUCACGGUGUUGGAGGUCUUGUCAUGGGAAUGAUGAUGAAGAGUGAAGCAGCAGCAGUAGCAGCAGCCGCGGCCGCGGCCGCAGCCAGCAAAGUAUCGACACACCACCAGAGUGCCACAACAACGAUGCGAUCGGUGGCAGGACCACCGGCUCCGUCACCAUCGUCCUCAUCAUCGGCGGGGAACAGUAACAACCACAACGCCAAGAUGGGCUCCCGGAGGAUCUUUACGCCACAGUUCAAGCUGCAGGUGCUCGACUCGUACCGGAACGAUGGUGAUUGCAAGGGGAACCAGCGAGCGACGGCUCGCAAGUACGGAAUUCACCGACGGCAGAUACAGAAGUGGUUGCAGGUGGAAUCGAACCUGCGGUCGGUCGUGGCGAACGGUGGCAGUGCCGUCGGCUCAUCCGCGGGCCAGCACAGCACCGGUGGCCACCACAACAACACCACCUCCGGUGGAAGCGCCUCAUCAUCCGCCUCAUCGUCCGCUGCGUCGUCACCCUGCUCACCCGUUGGUGCGUCCGCCGGCAGUGGUGGUGCAUCGAUGAAAAUAAAUCUUCUUAAUCAUCACCACCACCACCACCACCCACACGCGGCGGCACUGUCACAGCAGCAUCACCACCAUCCGCAUCAUCAUCCGUUGCUGCACCCGAUGGCGUUGUCGCAUCAUCAUCAUCAUCCCAUCGCGGCGGCCAUGCACUAUCAGCAUCAUCUGCAGGCGCCACCACCGCACCACCAUCAGGGUUUAACGGUGGCCGGGUUGCCAGCAGCAGCAGCAGCAGCCGCAGCAGCGAGCUAUCAUCACCACCACCACAUGCUGCCACAGCAACAUCCGUUGGCGUUCCAUCAGCCGCCAUUACCGCCACCAGCACCACCUACUGGACUGGCCGUGGACAGCAGCGCGACCAGACACCGCGUCGCUUCUCGCGGCGCUGGCACUGGCGCUUCUUGUGGCGUAUCUUCGUCGUCUUCUUCGUCAUCGCCCGUUCAAACCCACACAAACCAGGCGCGGCAGACCAGCUCAGCGGCAAUACCUGUUUCGUCGUGUUCGCCCCUCUCGGUCGCUUCCUCCGUCGGUGGCGUUUCCUCCACGUCCUCCGCGGUGUCCGCUUUGUCACCAGCUUCUUCGCUGGUGGCGCGCUCACCGCCGUCAACCAGUCUGCUGCCGUUGCGUCCCCAUGACGACGAACCACCAUCGUCCGUGCUGCCAUCUGGUGCUCCAUCAUCUUCGUCGUCGCCAUCAUUGAUCUUCUCGCCCGUGCCGUUGCUAGGGGCAGCAGCAGCAGCCAGCAGCAGUGCUGGCAACACCGCUGCUGAUGGUGCGACCGCCGCCUACUACAACCAGUACUACAGCCACUUCCGUGCAGCGGUUGCAGCGGCCGCCGUGAUCCAGCGCACCGACCAUCCGAUCGAUCUGUCCCGGCCAUCCGCACAUGAUGAACAACCUUCGUCCCCUGCAGUACGGCAACCAUCGCCUGCCAUCUCAUCGCACGGUGAGCAGACUAUGGUGGCCACGGUUGAUCACGACGAGGAAGAGAUCAGUGUAGUCGAGGAGGAUGAUGAGCAUGAUGUGGCCGCAUCAGCAGCCGACAGACUGCAACCCGGUCGCGAAGUAGAAGAGGAAGAGGAAGCUUGGGAUCUAUCCUGUCGGAACCGUGCCGAUCUGAAGCGAUCCUACUCUGCCAUGAUGCAGACCAGCAGCAGCAGCAGCAGUAGCAGCGGUAGUGGAUUGGCCGAUGCCAGUGAAACAAGCCGGCCACCCAAAUCGAUCAAGCUCUUCAAACCCUAUCUUCUGGAUGAUGAGGAACGACGGGAUGAGGAUGAGCAGCCGGCGUGCCAUCGCCGACAACGCCGUGAUUCGGCGCUAGUCGUUGAUGAUGAUAAAGAUUCGACGCGUGAAUCGCCUGCCAUCAGUGAGCAGCAGCCCUCAUCGCUUCAUGCGUAUCCCAUCAUCUGGAGUAACAGUAACGCCACGUCAUCACCGGUUUACUACGAGCAUCCGCUUUAUCCGUCGGCGGUACCGUCAUCGCUCCCGGCAGCAACCACAGCAUCAUCGGCAGUAGCGCUCACCGGUACCACCGAGGUUGGUGAACGCAUUCGCGGGUGGACCUCACCGCAGGCAUCACCGGUGUCGGGGUACGAUAGUUCCACCUCGAUCUCCUCCGUCUACAGUGGACCGGAAGAGGAUACCAUCAUCACCUCGAGCAGCAGCAGCAGCAGUAGCAGCAGCAUCAGCUCCAGCGGAGGUGGCGAUGAUGGUGAUGCUGCCGGUAAGCAGCAGCAUGAGCAGCGGCAACACCACCGCGAGGAUGAAGCCGUUCUGAAGCAGCAAGCGAUCGAGAGCUUCUAUCAUGAUGUGGCCUGCCGUGGGGAUUACCGGGCCGUGGCCAACAAGUACAACAUCAGUCGCAAGUACGUGGAGAAGUGGCUGCAGCAGAAGCCGGAAACUGAUGAUCACCACACGCAGCACCACCACCACCACCACCAUCGCCAUCAUCAUCACCGUCAUCAUCCGACGGGUGGAGUUUCCCGGGGAGCAGCGCCACCACCACCAUCAUUGCCUCCUCCAUCGCUAGUCGUUGGUUAGAUUCUCAGUAAGUUAGUAAGAGAUCAGCGAUCAUCAUUUGUCUUCGGAGGCCAUUUUUUUUUAGUGUGUAGCUUUUUUUCGUUAUAGUUUAACUGGAUUGUGAUAUGUUUCAAUUAUAAAUAUGCUUGUUUUCUGUAAAUAUGUCAUACAAUUCGCGUUUGACACCAGACAGAGACAGGGAAUACAGGGGGACGGUACGGCGCUAGUUCUCCAGGGAAGGAUAGUAGCGAAGCCAGGAGCAACACGAGCAGGACUCGUCCAUUUUGUCCCUAGGCCAUCAAAAGCCAUACCCCCGGGGGUAUAUGUGUGUGCUUGCUUCACACAUUAUUACCGACCCCCGGAUCCCGUGCGCGUCAGGUAGCUGAGCGAAAUGCGAGCCGAACAGCUUCUUAAGCACCGGGAUUCCCCACUUUACGCAGGUGCGCGCAAUGCACCGGUGGUUUUUGGUGCCAUAAGGAAUGGAAGAAGGUGGUGGAAGCGCGCGGUAUCAUCAGGAUAGGAGGAUCAUCUCUCUCAGGGGUUAUAUGUUAUUGGGAGCGCCAAAGCUGCUGCACCACUAGAGACAGGACACGGACACAGGUAUUCUGAAGCAACUGAUGAUUGGCUUGGAAUUGGAGGGUGUGGCACUGGGUAGGUUUGUGCCACAACCUUUUGCCACCUUUUACGGCAGCAUAUUUAAUGAGCGGCCGAGGACCGAAGGCUCUUUCGCACCUUUUUUCUACUUUCGGGAAAUUCCCAUUGCGCGCGCAGUUCAGUUUGAAGAAAAGGAGCCCCUAAUCCUUUUCCCAUCUCGGUCGGUGGUCUCUCGAAUGUACCACCACAUCCGUUGUUUGGAGCUGGAGGAAUAAGAAUCAUUGAUAUGUUGUGUAGCACUUUUGUCGCAUAAUCAUUAUCAGCGGCGAGGCGCAGCGCAGAGUUCGCAUUGUCCGAGGUUCUGAUCACCUGCUUACUGCUGCUGCUGCUGCUGCUGCUGCUGUGUGCGUACACCUCAAGUGCUUGAUGGUUUUAUGUUUCCAUCGUCGCGAUUGUUGAUUUUUUCCCUUAAGCUGCCACCUCAUCAUUAUUGAGGAACACUCUGUUCUAUUAUUAGUAGCAGCAGGCAGAGCGAACGCGCACCGCCUGCUAGUAGUGUGGUGUGACACUUGGUUUUGUCAAGUUAAAAACAACUCGCGAUCGCAGCAACUAGCGCAGCAAAAAAAACUGAACCAGUCAAUAAUAAUGCUGUGUCCUGUACAGAGUGGGCGCAUAUUUUUGUACCCUGUAAUUGUAGCCGCGCCAUAUCAACCUGCUCCUCCUGGGUGGUGGUGUGAGGUUCUUGAACGGCGUGGCGGAACUCCUCAUCAUAAUAAGCACACGAUGUCAAUGGCAACAAACGGUGGUGCUAAGGUGGGGGGCGAAAGGUGUUGUGUUG